AGGCAAUUUUGCUAGUACUUUAUAAUAAAUUGCAUCUCAGCUGGUUUCAGGACCUUGUACCUUUAAAAGGCAAAGCAGAUGCUGUGCCCCCCUCUGUCACCCUCCUCUACCCUCCCCUCCUCCUCCUCCUCCUCCUCUCCUUGUCUCCAGCCGGAAGGGGGAUGUGAUGCAAAAUCACAGUCAAACUUUUGGAAGAUCUCUCAGGUUAUUACAGAAAGCGAAGAAAGGAACUUAACAGACCAAAAACAAAUACAAAAAGGCGCUUUGAGGACCACUAAAGCCCAAAUCCAUACAGAGAAGUCACAGACAGGACUUGUGGAGAUCCCCAGGACAUCUGAACUCCGCUUUCAGGAAGUCCCCAGAUCAAAGUAUUGGUUGGCAAACGUUACGGUUUCCCAUCAGAUCUAUCCCAGCGAAGUGAUCUUUAUUAUGAAGAUGAGGAACUAACAAGAGAAAAAGAAAUGUAGCUGAGUGGAGUCCACGGCUGAGAAGACUAGAACUGGAAAGCCGGCGGAGCCUGUAUACCCCCGGGCUCCGCAGGAUGUAUCUCUGCCUCCUGCUGCUGACGCUUCUGACUGGACGCUCCACCACAGAGGUUAUCCCCGCACUAUGUCGCUAUGCCCUGGGGAUGCAUGACAAGACGAUACGUGAUGAAGACAUCACUGCUUCCAGCCAAUGGUAUGACUCAACGGGGCCCCAGUAUGCAAGGCUGCAGAAAGAGGAAGGUGACGGCGCUUGGUGUCCGGCAGGCCUACUGCAACCGGAGGAUGUGCAGUACUUGCAGAUCCAUCUACACAAGCUGUACUUCAUCACCCUGAUUGGGACUCAGGGCCGCCACGCUCGUGCCACGGGGAAAGAGUUUGCCAGGUCUUACCGAGUAGACUACAGCAGGAAUGGAGAGCGGUGGCUCUCAUGGAAAGACCACAAGGGAGAUCCGGUUAUUAAAGGAAAUAUGGACGCUUAUGAGGUGGUCCUGACUGACCUGAGGCCGCCAAUCAUCGCCAGCCACAUCCGAGUGAUCCCGGUCACCAAGGUCCCGAUGACGGUCUGUAUGCGGGUGGAGCUGUACGGCUGCGUGUGGUACGAUGGCCUUAAAUCAUACAGCAUUCCCGAAGGGGAGACCUUCAUGGGACCUUCGCACAAGACUGCCUAUCUGAAUGACUCUACGUACGACGGAUACCUGGAGAAAGGGCGGCUGUUCGACGGUCUGGGGCAACUGACCGACGGCGUACUCGGACAGGACGACUUCAUCCAGAGCCACCAGUAUCGCGGUUGGCCCGGCUUUGAUUAUGUCGGCUGGAAAAAUGAAAGUACUCGCAACGGAUACGUGGAGAUAGAGUUCCAGUUCGACAGGCCGAGGAACUUCACUUCAAUGAAGGUGCAUUGCAACAACAUGUUCACCAAAGGGGUGAAGAUUUUCCAGAGGGCGGAGUGCCUCUUUAAGUCCCGGCAGCAGUCUGACUGGGAACCGGAGGCGGUGGGGGUGGUGACUGUGCUGGAUGACAAGAACCCCAGUUCCAGGUUCGUCGUUAUCCCCUUGCAGCAGCGAGUGGGGAGCUUUAUCCUAUGCCGGUUCUACUUUGCCGACACGUGGAUGAUGUUCAGCGAGAUCUCCUUCCAAUCAGACAUGGACAUUGCAGUGCCCACCAGUGUCACUCUGCCCCCCACUACUGCCAGGGUCUCUACCACUGAGAACCCCUUCCUGAACACAACCGAAUGGAAAUCUGAAACCACUUUCCCCUCCACCCUGAGCAGGCAGCUGGAGAAGAGCGACGAGUCAAAAACGUCCGUUCUGAUUGGCUGCUUGGUGGCGAUAAUUCUUCUGCUCGUCGUCAUCAUAGUUCUGAUUCUGUGGAAACAAUACAUACAGAAGAGACUGGAAAAGGCCCCACGUCGGAUCCUGGAAGAAGACGCAACCGUCCGCCUGUCCUUCUACAGCUACACCAUCGGCAAUACCAAUCAGACACAAAUCCACCAGUCCAACCCCACCUACGAGAGGAUCUUCCCCCUGGAUCUGGACUACCAGCAGCCGACCAAACCGCUGCGGAAGCUCCCAGAACUGUCCCAGAGCGCAGAGGAUUCAGCCUGCAGCGGAGACUACGCGGAGCCAGACCUGACCAAGUCCACGCCACACCAAGGCUUCCAGAACAGUGUGCCGCACUAUGCAGAGACGGAUAUCGUGAAUCUCCAGGGGGCGACCGGGAACAACAUGUACGCUGUGCCGGCCCUCACCGUGGACUCGCUCACCAAGAAGGACAUCAGCGUCGGAGAGUUUCCACGCGACCAGUUACGGCUGAAGGAGAAGCUCGGGGAGGGACAGUUUGGGGAGGUUCACCUGUGCGAGGUGGAGGGACUGGAGGACUUCCUGGAAAUGUCCGCGCAGGGGUGCGGUAACCAGCCCGUCCUGGUGGCGGUCAAGAUGCUGAGAUCUAACGUCACCAAAACCGCCAGGAAUGACUUCCUGAAAGAGAUUAAGAUCAUCUCCAGACUCAAGCAUCCGAACAUCAUCCGCUUGUUGGGCGUCUGUAUCCAGGACGACCCACUUUGUAUGAUAACAGAAUACAUGGAAAAUGGGGACCUCAACCAGUUCCUUUCCCAGAGAGAGAUCCGCAGCCAGUUCACCACUGCCAACAACAUCCCGUCUGUCAGCCUGCACAACCUCUUGUACAUGAGCACUCAGAUUGCCUCCGGGAUGAAGUAUUUGGCCUCGCUGAACUUUGUACACAGAGACCUGGCGACGCGCAACUGCCUAAUGGGGAACAACCACACUAUUAAAAUAGCAGAUUUCGGUAUGAGCCGGAAUUUAUACAGUGGAGACUAUUACCGUAUCCAGGGCCGAGCGGUGCUGCCUAUCCGCUGGAUGGCCUGGGAGAGUAUUCUCUUAGGAAAGUUCACCACAUCCAGCGACGUCUGGGCGUUUGGCGUUACCUUGUGGGAGAUGUUCACGCUGUGUAAAGAACAACCCUACAGUGUUCUAUCAGAUGAGCAGGUCAUUGAGAAUACGGGGGAGUUCUUCCGGGACCAAGGGCGACAGAUCUAUCUCUCCCAGACGCCUCUCUGCCCCAGUCCCAUCUUUGACCUGAUGAUGAAAUGUUGGAGCAGGGACAUAAGCGACCGGCCCACCUUCGAGACCAUCCACCAUUUCCUGAUAGAGCAACUGGAUUCCAUUGUGUAACCUGUAACAGAACAGUCCGAACAACACGUAACCUGAAGAAGCAGGUUCUUGCUGUUUCCAACUCAUCUGGAGCUACUGUAUACUGGACAUGACCUUAGUUUUCUAGAUGUAGACAUAGAAGGACCAAGAGACGAUGUUCUCCUGUGGCGCUGGUAGACUUCCCGGAGCCCCACCAGACAUCUCGGCCCGCUAAAGGGUCCCAGCCCCCUGCAGUUGACACAGCUGACCCGGGGGUGAAGAUGCAAGGUUGCACCUCCCUAGAAGGGGAGAAACCAGCUGGGAUCGAGGACUGGAAAAAAAAAAAAAAGAUGUGAGACGUAGGACAGUUUUCCACUAAAAUGUGCCACUGUAUUCUAUGUGUAUAUACGUGUACACGCGUGUACGGGCUGUGUGCUUCCAUGUCUCAUGUGAUCUUAUUGCCAAUACACAGAUCCAGAACAAUCACAUAUAAUAUCCAUUUAGCCAUAUCACCUUUAGGCUGAACUGUUCGUACAUAAAGAUAAUAGUUGGAAGUCACUAAUAUGUGAUGGGACGCAUGUGCCGUAAUCGCAACCGGUGGUUAUUGGCUCCCCCAAUAAUCGCAGCCGGUGGUUAUUGGCACCUCCCUAGAAUGCCACCAUCUGAAGUUUAUCCAUUCAUGAACAUGGGACAAUUAGGAAAAAAAGAUAAUAAGUUAACAAUUAGGAACAGAUAUUAACUGCACAGCCACAACAUAAAUCUAUUAACAGCACUCUAUUCCCAUAAUUUUAUUUCCCCUUUGUGUUUUUCUAUUGUAAAUAAGACUUUAUAUUACUUCUAUACUUGUGUAAUUAAGUUUCUGGCAGAUUCACUAGUCUGCAAUUGUUUAUGUCCCUGUCCCACAGUCCCCUUCUCUCCCCCCCUAGAGCCCUGCUGUCAGUCUUAUCCAAUGUUCCUGUCCUCCCACAGUACUGUUAGCUAUGGGGGUGGGCUAGUCGCUGGUGAGGGUCUGGCGGCCAGCCACCGGCCGUUACAGAUCUCUAAGUGUUAUCAAAACUGUACAAAGAGAUAACACAAACCCGUAUCUACUGUACUAACGGAUGUUCUGUAUACUAGGCAAUAAUAAAGGGAAUUUUUGGAGGUUAGAGUGCCUUGAAACCUGGCUUUAGCAUACCACUGUUGUCCCGAAGGACUGUAUUUGCUGUACUUGUACAGAUGUGGUAACAAAUGACUAACGCUUACUUUUAACCUGGUGCAAACAGCGCAAAUGCAGUUAAAUUGAUAGCAACCAAUAAAAUAUUAGCUUUCAUAAGUCUAACCUGCACUAGACUGACCCCUGACAAAGCUGCUAUCUUAUUGGUGGCUGGUUGUUGUAGCAUAUAUGUGCUUUUUUUACACCAUGUAAAUACAUUACACUUUAAAUAGUUAUUAUUAAAUGAAUAUUUUUUAUUUUGUUUAUGUCUUUUCUUAGUUUUCUAGUUAGUACGGUGAAAUAAUGUGUUUUAUGUAGACAUGUGAAAGACUGCAAGUUUUCUUCUUACAAACCGUGCGUUGCUAGUUUUUGAGCAACCUUGUAGGAUGGGACGGCUGGGUAAAAUAGGCGCUGCGCAUAAGUCUCCGAGAUGAGAGUGAAUCAAAACUUUUUUUUUCUACAUGACAGAUCUAAAAUGUAAAAUAUUUUUUUUAUUGUCUGGCAAUCAUAGUUACUACUGUAGAUGUCUGCAUUCCGCUGCAAUAUAUUAUAGGGGGUUGUACACUUACAGACAUCGCCUUGUAAUAAAACAUAUCCCACCCGAGGAGCCCAAUAUUAGCUGAGAGAAGGGUUCUGCCCAAUUGCCUGCAAUAAACUCUCCAUAACCCUGAAACAGAACUAGGCCAUGCAGUAGCAAAAGCUGCGUCUCUUAGCUCCAUGCAGCCGCCGCGUUUCCAGGAAGGUGGGCUUUCACAUUCGCUAUACAAGGGGGUCAGGGAGUUUCAAUUAAAUGGGCGACAUCUUUAAGUAAUUGCAUUGUAACCCUUAUAUGUCAUCUCCCAAUGGUAUCCUUUUAGUAGGAAAGUCCUGCAUUUUCUGCACAUAAAAGGGGAGUGGUCUGCUGGAUUUUGAGUGUGGUUACUUAAAUCGGGGGCUUGGCUAGUUUGGCCAGAGCAUGCACCUGGAAGAUCAUGAUCAGCAAAGUCAGUCUCCGCCCUCUUAUUUAUUUUGUAACAUUUUCAUCUUACAUCUGUUAUUAAAUAAUACCACAUAAUCCCAUUAUAUACGCGGUGCCUUGCUGAGUCAUAUUGUGUAAAGAUAAAGCAUUGGCUUGCUCAAGACCUACUGGAAUUUUAGGGGGUCAUUCCGAGUUGUUCGCUCGCAAUCUGAUUUUUGCAGAUUUGCUCACGCUAAGCCGCCGCCUACUGGGAGUGAAUCUUAGCUUCUUAAAAUUGCGAACGAUGUAUUCGCAAUAUUGCGAUUACACACCUCGUAGCAGUUUCUGAGUAGCUCCAGACUUACUCGGCAUCUGCGAUCAGUUCAGUGCUUGUCGUUCCUGGUUUGACGUCACAAACACACCCAGCGUUCGCCCAGACACUCCCCCGUUUCUCCAGCCACUCCUGCGUUUUUUCCGGAAACGGUAGCGUUUUUUCCCACACGCCCAUAAAACGGCCUGUUUCCGCCCAGUAACACCCACUUCCUGUCAAUCACAUUACGAUCGCCAGAACGAUGAAAAAGCCGUGAGUAAAAUUCCUAACUGCAUAGCAAAUUUACUUGGCGCAGUCGCAGUGCGAACAUUGCGCAUGCGCACUAAGCGGAAAAUCGCUGCGAUGCGAAGAUUUUUACCGAGCGAACAACUCGGAAUGACCCCCUUAGUUCAGAACAUUAGGUUUCCCCAGCUUCAAGCUCUCUGCUCUCCUUUUCAGCCAGGCCUUUAUAUCAUCAUGCAGAAUUGCUGACUUUUGUAUCAUGGGAUGCAGCCACAACCUGCUGUCUGGUUUACUACUGUAUCCAAAGCAGAGAGCAAAUCAUCUUGUCUAAUGACAUAACAUAAUCUUCUGCCCAUAUUUUGGCAGCCGUGGAGUUUAGCCAAAAAAUAGGUAGAGUUUCACCCCAAAUUGUCUAUUUCUUGGCAGGCGGUAGUGUUAGGGGGGCUUUAUUACGGGGUCUCAGAUGACACUGUAAUAAAAUGUCUGCAGGCACAGAAAUUCUCUUUAAAGUAAAUGCUUACGUCAAGAUGUAUCAAACUUUGGAGAGAGAUACGCCGGAGAGAGAUAAAGUACCAGCCAAUCAGCUCCUGCCAUGUUACAGCCUGUGUUUGAAAAAUGACAGGAGUUGGUUGGCUGGUAAUUUAUCUCACUCCACUUUAUCACUCUCCAAGGUUUGAUCCAUAUCACCCUUAGGGAAACGGGUGUUGUUGAGCAAAUAAGCUGCAAAUAUUCAAUGAUAACUGGGCCCCUGAGGAAGAAGUCAGAAAAUACCAGUGUAUGUCCCUGGAUAGCAAGCGUGAUGUGAUCUGCAGAGUAUAUCCAUGGUAAUCUGUCAAAGUGGGUAGUUAUAACGGGACAAUGUUCUGCAGAUCUCUCGAAAGCUUAAUGAUGCCAUCUGCAAUUUCUCAUGAACAUUGUACAACCUAGAGGAUGGCUGCCUACACCAAGCCUCAUUCAUGAGGUGUAAAGAGGCUGAGGAUAGAGCAAAACCCACUCUGGUAAUGUCAAAUGCCCCUACUUGGUCUGGUGAACCCCAUCUCUGCCAGAGCAUGCUGGUUUGUGGCUGUUUUCUGAGGCUGAUAAGAGCUGUGCGGGGUGUGUGCGCUGCCAGUGAGGUACAGAGAGGGUGCACCGUUGUCACUAGCUUUGUGCGCUGCCAGUGAGGUACAGAGAGGGCGCACCGUUGUCACUAGCUUUGUGCGCUGCCGGUGAAGUACAGAGAGGGUGCACCGUUGUCACUAGCUUUGUGCGCUGCCGGUGAGGUACAGAGAGGACGCACCAUUGCCACUAGCUUUGUGCACUGCCGGUGUGGUGCAGAGAGGGUGCACCAUUGCCACUAGCCUUGUGCGCUGCCGGUGAGGUACAGAGAGGACGCACCAUUGUCACUAGCUUUGUGCACUGCCGGUGAGGUGCAGAGAGGGUGCACCAUUGCCACUAGCCUUGUGCGCUGGCAGUGAGGUACAGAGAGGACGCACCAUUGUCACUAGCUUUGUGCACUGCCGGUGAGGUGCAGAGAGGACGUACCGUUGUCACUAGCUUUGUGCGCUGCCGAUGAGGUGCAGAGAGGGUGCACCAUUGCCACUAGCCUUGUGCGCUGCUGGUGAGGUGCAGAGAGGGCGCACCGUGCACUGAGGUGCAGAGAGGACGCACCAUUGUCACUAGCUUUGUGCACUGCCGGUGAGGUGCAGAGAGGGUGGACCGUUGUCACUAGCUUUGUGCGCUGCCGAUGAGGUGCAGAGAGGGCGCACCGUUGUCACUAGCUUUGUGUGCUGCCGGUGAGGUGCAGAGGGGGGCGCACCAUUGUCACUAGCUUUGUGCGCUGCUGGUGAGGUACAGAGAGGGUGCGCCGUUGUCACUAGCUUUGUGCACUGCCGGUAAGGUACAAAUAGGGCGCACCGUUGCCACUAGUUUUGUGCUCUGCAGGUGAGGUACAGAAUGGGUGCACUGUUGCCACUAGCUUUGUGCGCUGCUGGUGAGGUAUGGAGAGGGUGCAACGUUGUCACUAGCCUUGUGCACUGCCGGUGAGGUACAGAGUGGGUGCACUGUUGCUACUAAUUUUUUGCUCUGCCGGUAAGGUAUAGAGAGGGCGCACCGUUGUCACUAGCUUUGUUCGCUGCUAGUGAGGUAUAUAGAGGGUGCACUGUUGCCACUAGCUUUGCGUGCUGCCGGUGAGGUAGGGAGAAGUCACACUUUUGUCACUAGCCUUGUGCGCUGCCAGUGAGGUGCAGAGAGAGCGCACCGUUGCCAUUAGCUUUGUGCGCUGCCGGUGAGCUGCAGAAAGGGCGUACCAUUGUCACUAGCUUUGUGCGCUGCCGGAGAGGUGCAGAGAGGACGCACCGUUGUCACUAGUUUUACAAAACACAACAAAUAUGUUUUACUUUGCAUAUUUUUGCAAUGCUCGAUCCAGUGAAAACCCAUGCUCACUUCUCCCUGGUUACAGUGCUUGUGUCUUCUCACUUUUAUUGUUGAUUUAAAUGCUUUUAUUUUCCUCCCACACUGGAUUCUUAUUUGUUAUUGUCUUACACAUGAAUGUUAUAAGGUCAUUUAAAUGGUAAAAAAAUAAAUAUAAUAUGUUAUGAGCUGGAAAAGUGGUGGGUGGGAGGGCAGGGUCUGUGUGUUGUUAUACUGUACUACUGUCACUCUGUAGAUAAUCUGUAUUUACCUGUAGCCAGACUGGACUGAAGUGCAAUGAAAUCUGUAUUGCCAAAUAAAUGAGCCUGAUCUGUGGA